AUGGCGACUUCUGACGACCACGCCAUGGACGACACCGGCCCGCAAGACGAGGCGCAGAGGACGUCACUCGGCCAAGCCACGAGCUACGAUACCUUCCAUCGCUAUCGUCGCCUCCCCCUCGAGCUGCGAGCGAUGAUACGUGCCUUUGCGAUUGAAAGCGCGAGAUCACGGUGGCCAGGAUAUCUUACGAACCACAAGGAUCCCUUGCCCUGCUCCCGCUUGGCUUCCAUCUCUGAGGAGUGGCAGGAUGACGUCGAAAAGGCGCUUUUCAGCAAGAUUCAAAUUGAUCCUCUCGAUGAAGACGAUAUCUUAGACUUCGCGAAAAACUUCACCGAGAGGAGAAAAAAAUACCUCACACAGCUUGAAGUUGUUAUGGAGGACGAGGAGUCGGGAUUUUGGCAAACGAACACGGGCCCCCUUGAUCUCAGCCGAUGCAUGGAGAAGACUGGACAGCUUCUCCAGCAACUGACUGGUUGGAACUUCAGCGAUGACAAUAGGCAGCGCUCGAUCGCUGUAAUCUUCACAUCACGAUAUUUGGCUAUUCGGCGUCACAGAGAAAAAGACGAGGAUCCCUUAAUAAACACAGUAUCUCUCUGGGACCCAUUUCAACUGUCGGCAUUAACCGAGAAUCGCAUACCCACCAACGUCGCCUUGUGGGCCAUCAAGUCAGAGUUUCCAACACCUUUGAACAUGAUAACGCACCUCACUCUCGUCCCCGACUGCAUGCCCAUUGCUGCCGCAAAGACAAUCAUCCAAACCAUGCCAAACUUGGAAUCAUGCAACUUUGGGAUCGCCUUUGAAUGUACUGUCGAGGAAGCGUGGAGAGACUUUACCGAUUUCAUUCAUGAACUACGGGUCUCUGCGCCCUCCCUCCGCAAACUCACAAUACACAACUCGAGCUAUAUAUAUCUCGGUGACCGCAUCCCGGACAGCGUGGUAGAAUUCGCUGCCGCCCUGCGAGAGCUGAGCCAAAGCCUCAAGUCCCUGCACACCCCACAGUGGCCUGCUAGAAUACAUGAAGCAUUCUUCUCCCCAUUCUAUGAGAACUCCCAUGCCGGCGCCGACUCGGCUGCCUCUGGAUCGCCCUGCACGUGGCCAAACCUGCAACAUCUUACCCUGAACGGCAACGGUGGCUUUUACACAGGGGGUAGGGGCCACCCCACAUCUAGUGCGGUCGAUAUGCUCAUCGCUGCGGCAAAGGCCUCUCGGCUAUGCCGAGUCUCAAGUCCAUCAAGAUCAGAACGUCGGGGAACGCGUUCCUCGAUUUCGACCGAGAGAAUUACAAGCUCGGUCUUGCGAAUUUCAGCCAGGGUGAACAAGGGAGACUACUGGGGGCUUACGCUCCCUACACUGGGGCUGUGGCGGUGCGGGUCGCGGAGGUCCGUAGAGGGGACUGGUAUAUUAUGA